AUGGCGAUACCAAGCGAACUAGACGAACCCUUUUCAAAGCUGGUCCUUGACCCCUCAUCACCACCUCUCCCACUCCUCACCAAACCCAAAAAGUCACCUCUCCUCACCCUCUUCACCCGCAAAUCAGCUCCCCCUGUCCAGACCACUCCCCUUCCUUACACCCCCCUCAAACUAAACCAAAUCCGCCUCGUCAACCUCCACGGAGGACCACCCUCAACCCCAAUAACCCUCACAACCGAAACAACGCCCCUCUCAUCAGCAGAAUACACAGCCCUCUCCUACGUCUGGGGUGACCCCUCCGAUACCCUCCUCCUCCAUGUAAACAAUCACCUCUUCCACGCCACGAGAAACCUCCAUUCCGCUCUCCAGCACAUCCGCCUCUUCUUGAAGUCAUCGCAGGUUGUCCCGCUAUGGAUCGAUGCUAUAUCGAUAAACCAGGCAGAUACCACAGAACGAAGCCAACAAGUCUCGCAAAUGAGGGAGAUUUAUACUUCAGCAGACCUAGUCUUGACUUGGCUCGGUCCGGAUCUCGCCCCGGGACUCACAUACCUCCGCGAACUAGGCGACCACGCGCUCGCCGUCUCUCAAAACAGUAAAGAACCGCCGAAACUUCUUCCCAGCCACGUUAAGGACCGGUAUACAACAAUACGUGAGACUGUCAGAGUCUUUCAGUCAACCUACUGGAACCGAGUCUGGACGGUGCAGGAGUAUACCGCUCCCACGGACUUCGGGGUAUUUCUAUCCGGUACGGCGUGGGUAGAUCGUACUGCCUUCUUACCCGCCACAAUCCUCUAUACGCAAGCGCUGCACUGGCUUCGCGAUGGCUUGCGGAGGCGGGGCGCGGAUGCCUCGUUUGUGGAUGCCACGCUCGCGAGGGUGAAGAAGGUCGUUCAUGAUCUCAAGAUGAGCUAUGCGCGGAUGGUCGAAUCUAAUCACCUUAUCAGAGCAUCCGAUGAAACAAGGGCCUCUUCCAAAGCUGAGGGAAUUGACCAGGGUGAAUCAAGGCGCAGGGGGACCCCAAUGGUCCGCAGAUUCAAUCUCAUCAGCCUCCUCUUGCGUUUCCGCGAUCUUCAGGCAACAGACCCGCGGGACCGUAUCUAUGCGCCGCUGAACCUCCUCCAUCACGGUGCCAGGAAGAAACCUGUCAUUGCUAUUAACUACUCUCUCACUGUUCAACAACUCUACACAUCCGUCGCCAAAUACCUUUCAGAAGACAGAGACUACUGGCCUCUAAGCAUUCUUGAAAUCUGCCGCUUCGGGUCAUCGGACUUACCAUCUUGGGUGCCAGACUGGCAGGUCCUCCCAAGAAAAGUACUUUCGCGAGACGUCACCACAGGAGAGCAAGUUGUCUGUGCGAGUAAGGGGUACCCCGUUGACGCAGAACCUUGGAGGGUGCUGGACAAGACUCGGUUGCAGAUUACAGCUGUGCAAGUUGAUGCUGUGGCGGAAACAUGGGAGACAUUUGAUGCACUGAGUGUUCCUCGAACAAAAUCCUAUCCAACGUACACCCUGAAGAACCCCGGUGAAAGGUACGCGACCGGAAACAAGACUGUAUUAGAAGCCUUCCACGGACUAGCAGGAAUCGAACCGAGAUCUGAAGAUGGUGAAGAGGUGGAGAUAUAUCGCCAAGAGGAUUGGCAUCGUAACCCAAGCAUAAUGAGCCGGUUCAAUCGGCGCCGUUUAAUUCGUAUCAAACGCGGGCUCGUCGGUCUGGCUCCUGCUGAGGCCGUCCAAGGCGACAAAGUCUGGCUGGUUCCUGGAACGAACAUGUUCUACAUCUUCAGACCCGUAUUAGACGACGGAAGUCACACACUCAUCGGCGAGGUUUACCUCCAAGAUCUCAUGCAUGGAGAGGCACGGGAGUUCCUAGGCUUUGCUGGAAAGCAAACUGUCAUUACACUCGUUUAG